AUGACUUCACACGGGGAUGCACCGUCGCCAGAGACCCUUAGACCGAACGAUGCUGGAAAUGAACCGCAGGAUGAUGGUUCAGCUAAGAGCACCGAAAAGCCCUCAGUGAUUGAACGAGGUGAUAUGGAGAUGUCAGGCAGCGAAGGGACUGAAUCGCCAGUAAUUGACGACGGCUCCUCACAACAGCUACCGACAUGGAGAUUUUUUACUAUCAUUUUGUGUUUAUGUGUGGGACUUUUCCUCACUCUGAUGGAUAUGUCCAUCAUCUCAACGGCUCUCUAUACAAUCUCCGUUGAGUUCGACAACUACGACCACACAAUAUGGGCCGCUUUGUCAUAUAUAUUAGCAGACAUCGGAUGCGGAGUUUUCUUCACGAGAUUGGCAGAUGUCUAUGGUCGCAAGAUGAUGAUAAUGGCAUCCUUCUUCUUCUUCACAUGCUUUUCUUUAGCAUGUGGGUUUGCUCAAAAUGUCGAGCAACUCAUCCUUUUCAGGACUUUGCAGGGAGUUGGAGGUACCGGGUUGUACUCGCUCACGAUGGUUAUCUGCCCUGAGAUUUCGCCUCCGAAAUAUUUGCCUUUUGUCGUCGGCUCAUUGGGUGCGGCUGUUGCUGUUGCUGGAGUAUGCGGACCAGUCCUUGGGGGAGUGAUCACUGGUACAACGACGUGGAGAUGGAUAUUUUGGCUCAAUGUUCCAAUUGGAUGUGUUGCCAUGGUAGUCCUUUACUUCGCAUGGCCGACACUGAAAAAUAUUACGCAGACAAAAGCCCCAGCAACGAUAAAACAAAUCGACUACCUCGGAGCUCUUCUCAUGGCUGUGGGGUCUGUAUGCUUUGUUUUUACAUUACAAGAGGUUGGAAGCAGAAAGUACACUUGGGAUAGCGCAAUCAAUGUUUCCCUCUUGGUGCUCUCAUGUGUAGCUUGGGUAGCCCUGUUUGCUUGGGAGUGGUUCAUAAGCCAUUCAGAUAGAUUGAGUUGGAUUUUGCCGGAGCUUCCCUGGAGGAUCCUGACACACAGGCCUAUGGUGAUGGCUAUCUUAACAACCUUAAUGGCGGGCUACGUUCAAUUUUCGGCUGUGUUUAGCAUCCCGCUCCGCGCUCAGCUAGUAGAUCUGCAGACUCCUGUUCAAGCUGGCAUACGUCUUUUGCCUCUAGUCUCGGCCACUGCCGUUGGGUCCUUAAUCGGCGGUGGGGCAUCGGCCAAAAAGAAUUUGACAUUCUAUACAAUGAGCAUCGCCACAGCCCUCAUGAUGGUGGGGACGGGACUUCUCUCAACUAUGCCCUCUGAUGGGAGUCAAACAAAUGCUCAUUAUGGUUGGGAGGUUAUUCUUGGACUUGGCUUGGGCAUGUCGGUAUCCACUGCUACAUUCAUGACUUCCAUGGAAGUAGAAUUUGUUGACCAUGCUGUGGCUCAAGGCACUGUUGCCCAGGCACGUAUCCUGGGAGGCUCAUUCGGACUUGUAGCCUCAACAAUAAUUAUGAACAACCACAUGGAGACCUCCCUUAAAGGCGCUGUUACCGACGAAGUUCUCGGAAAGCUCUUCAUCUCCCCCUUCUCGAUCCUGGACUACGGUGCUAUACCUGCUCUCUUAUUUCGGGAAAGCUAUAUCUCGGCGUUUGCGCAGGAUAUGAAGCUUGCCCUAUAUAUGUCGGUCGUUGGAUUCGUCACUAGCCUUUGCAUCUGGCAGAGACAUCCCCCAACGGUUCAAGAGCGUAGUGACCUACUGGCGAAGGCGGUUAAAGAACAUAGGGAUGAAGUUAGAAUGGCAGAGACAGGCCUGCACGAUGUUGAGCUACGGGAAAGAGAGCUUUAA